AUGCGAUUCUCUCAAUCGCCGAUUUUCACACGGGAUUAUCGUUAUCAAUCUCAAUUCUAUUUUCAACUUUUAUCAACAUUAUGCACUAUGGCUAAUCAAACGAUUAAUGAAUCUCUUGAGCUAUUCUAUCGAACGAAAUUUGUGAGUAAGGAAUUGUAUCAUUCCAAAGUAUUUAAUACACAAACGGAUUUAAUUAUGAAGCAAUUCCAACAAACAAUUCCUGAAUCAUACCAACGUAUCAUUGGUUUAUUAAAAUCAAAUUUUGAAAUCAAUCAAUUUGUUACACCAACAAACUCGUGGUUCUUAUACGAUUACAGAGAUUCAAACGGAAAUUACAUCCUUCGUUUACUGUAUUUUCGUUAUAAUUCGAAAGAAAGACCGACUUGUGAUGCUUCAUCAGAAGAUCCCCUUCGUUAUUCGUGUUCUCUACCCUCCUAUGAUCUAUGUCAUAGACAAACAAUCAUUAAAGACAAAAGGUUUGACUCUAUUAUUAUACCAGGAAUGUAUCAAACAUGGUUUCCAUUACAAGCAGUUUUGAUAUCAACACUAGAAUGUCUUUAUAAUCGCACGUGUCUGUCUGAAAUCAAAAAAUUUAUUUUAUCAAACAUAUCAUUAGAUGACUAUAAUAUUUUAACAGAUUGCUCAGAGAAUGAAACAUUUAGUCCAAUAGAAAAUUUAACAAAUAAGUUAUUCAUUCGAUCUUGGCUUAAUGGAAGUUCAUAUCAGUCUUAUUUUAAUCAAUGCCGACCAUUAUCAUGUCAAUAUACUUAUAAAACAAAAUUUCAAACUAUUUAUAUUGUCACAAAUCUUAUUGGUUUAAUGGGUGGCCUUCAAAUUUCUCUUCGAUUAGUUUUACCAAUAAUAAUUCUCAUAUUAGUGAAGAUGCGAACUUUUAUAUUUCAACAUCGACAAAUGAAUAUCAAUGAACUCGAAUCUAUACGAACACUCUAUGCAUUCGGUUUUAUAUUUGGCUAUAUGCUCAUGACUUACGAAAAUCAGAACGCAGCAUCUUUUCGUAGUAUCGUCAUAGUUGUGCUGAUACUUUCCCAAGCAAUGUUUUUUUUUAGUUUUGCUGGUCCAUAUCUACAGUCGCUUUCCGAAGCUCGAGGCGCGGCAGCUCGAGUAUUUCAACUCAUUGAUGAAGCACGUGAUACAAGCAAAAAUGAAACGGAAAUAUGGAACGACAGCAUAUUAGGCGAAGAAUUAAUUGAUGUUAAUUGUGAUAUUGAAUUUAUCAAUAUUAACUUUGCAUAUCCAUCUCGAAAAAAUAUACCUGUAUUGAAUAAUCUUAAUCUUAUUGCACGUACUGGGCAAACUACUGCUCUUGUGGGAGCAAGUGGUUGUGGAAAAAGUACCUGUCUCUCACUUCUCCUUCGUUAUUAUGAACUCGAAUCAGGUCGAAUCAUGAUAAAUAAUAGAUCGAUUACGGACUAUAAUCUCAAACAACUUCGGCAGCACAUUGGAGUUGUUAGCCAAGAACCCAUUCUAUUUGGCAUGAGUAUUUACGAAAAUAUUCGGUUCGGUAAAUCGAAUGCAACACGAAUAGAAAUUGAACAAGCAGCACAACAAGCGAAUGCGCACGAUUUCAUUAUGAAACUACCAAAGAAAUAUGAAACGCUGGUUGGCGAACGUGGCAUUCAAUUAAGCGGUGGCGAAAAGCAGCGCAUUGCUUUAGCCCGUGCUCUUGUCAAGCAACCUGUCCUGCUUCUGUUAGAUGAAGCAACAAGUGCACUUGAUAGUGUUAACGAAAAACUUGUUCAGGAAGCACUUGAUCGAGCAUGUAAAGGUCGUACAACUAUUAUAAUUUCGCAUCGUUUAAGUACAAUUCAAAACGCUUCACACAUAUACGUAAUCGGUAACGGAAGUGUAAUUGAACAAGGUACACAUGAAAUGUUGAUGGUCAAAGAAGGAGGUAGAUAUCGAGAAAUGGUUAAAAUGCAGCAAAUAGAAGCAAAAAAUAAGGAUAAUAAUGGUAAAAUAAACACAACUAAGACAAAAAGAAACGAUGAAAAAGAGAUCUCUGAAUACUGCAAUUUACUCGAUAACGGUCAAACUACUGAUAUGAACAAAAAAACUUCAAUGCCAUUCACUCAUCGGUUCAUCUUCUUAAGACUCUUAUCAAUGAACAGUCCAGAAUGGCGUACCAUAUUCAUUGGUUGUGUGGCUUGCCUUUUUAAUGGCGCCACCCAAUCAGUUUUUGCAAUUCUAGUGACCAAUAUAAUUAAGGCCUUCAAUGACUGCUUAUACAAUGAACGACGUCGUAAAGUAUUGAGCUCAAGUUUUGUUCUAUUGGGUUUGGGCGUCAUUGUUUUAUUUCUUCGUUUUUUUCAAUACACAGCUUUUGCGAUAUCAGGAUCGAAAUUAACUCAACGUAUCCGUUUAAAAGCAUUUAAAUGCCUUCUUCGUCAAGAGAUCACUUAUUUCGACCAGCCUGAAAAUAGUUCGGGAGCUAUUUCUACCCGUCUCUCUACCGAUGCAUCAGCUAUUCAACAGAUGACUGGCUCACGAUUAGGAGUAAUUUGUGAAAGCUUAGCAAUGGCCUGUUUUGGCUUUACAUUUGGCAUUUUCUUCAAUAUGCAACUAACAUUAAUCGUUUUGAUUCCUUUAAUAAUCUAUAUAGCAUUUACUUAUAUGAAUAUUCGCUUCAAUAUGUGGUUAAAUCAACAAGAUGGAGUCAUUCUGGAACAAGCAAGUUCGCUCACGACUGAAGUUAUCCACAAUAUGCGAACAAUAAAGCAAUUGUCCAUGGAAAAGGAGAUGUUGCAGCAAUACUCUGCACUUCUACGUCAAAAGCUUAUAAUCUUUCGAAAAUAUUCUGUACGUUCUUCAUUAUCUUACGGUGUAUUCUGGGCAGUCGAUGCGUAUGUUGUGGCAUUUCUUUUCUGGCGCGCCCUUGUCCUGGUCGAACAGAAUAAAAUAAGCUUAAACAAUAUUAUAAUGAUUUUUGCUUUUGCUAUUUUUACUACACAAACAUUGAGAAUCGUUGGCACUAUGACUCAACAAAUUGGUAGAUCACUAUCGGCGGCUAAAAAUUUCUUCGAUUUAUUCGAUCGAACACCGGAUAUCGAAACUGCAUCAGCAAAACAACAACAAUUAGAUGGUUUUCGUGGAGAAGUAAAAUAUGAUAAUGUUAAAUUUGCCUACCCAACACGUCCAACGACUAACAUUCUUAAUAAUUUUCAGUUACAUAUAAAACCAGGUGCGUCUGGUUGUGGAAAAUCAACGAUUAUUCAAUUAUUAGAAAGAUUCUAUGAUGUCGAGUAUGGCCAAAUUCUACUUGACGGCAUCGAUAUUCGACUGUUGAGUACCGAUUGGAUUCGUUCUCAGAUCAGUCUUGUCAGUCAAGAGCCAGUCUUAUUCAAUUUAACCAUUGCCGAGAAUAUAGCAUAUGGGCUAGAGAACGUUCCCAUGGAAGAUAUUAUCGAUGCGGCAGAAAAAGCCAAUAUUCAUUCUUUUAUUCAACAGCUUCCAGAGAACUACGAGACAAAAGUAGGGAUGAAAGGUAGUCUUUUGUCUGGUGGCGAGAAACAACGUAUUGCGAUUGCUCGAGCGCUUCUGCGUCAACCAAAAAUAUUGCUCUUAGAUGAAGCUUCAAGCGCUUUGGAUGCCAACAAUGAACAGAUAGUACAAAAAUCUUUAGAACGAGCUCAAACAGAAGAUCCUAGCCGAACAUCAAUCAUUAUCGCUCAUCGUCUUUCGACUAUUCGGUCAUGUGAUUUAAUUUGCGUUGUCCAUAACGGGUAUAUAGUUGAAAGUGGUACCCAUACAGAACUGAUGCAACAACGUGGAGCAUAUUAUUUCAUGUGCUAUCUGGAUAAUAUAUAA